CUCAUCUUCUCAUCAUGAAAUACCCCACAGACAUAUUAGUCCUGAACAAUUCCGUCUGCCUACCUUAUCUUCUAAUGCUUGAAUGCUUGGCUCUCCUGCAGUUGCUUUUUGCUCCUCCAUUAACAGCUGCUCCUAAAUUGCAGCAUGCAGCAUUAAGUACUGCAAAUGAAGGGAAAGCUCUUUUAACAUGGAAAUCCAGUCUUGACAAUCAUAGCCAAUCCCAGUUGUCAUCGUGGUCGUCUUCUGCAAAUCCUUGCAGCAAUUGGGUUGGAAUCCGAUGUAACAAAGCUGGAAGGAUAUCAGGCAUUAACAUCACAAGUUCUGGGAUCAGAGGUACACUUGGUCAUCUCAAUUUCUCAUCUCUGCCUCAUCUGACUACCAUUGAUCUUUCUCAAAACGCAAUCUAUGGGACCAUUCCAUCCAACAUUGGUAACCUUUCUAGACUUGUCCUUCUUAACUUGGAAUCAAAUAAUUUCUCUGGUGUCAUUCCAAUUCAAAUCAGCCAUCUAACCAAUCUGAGGUACUUGUCCCUUUCCAAUAACUCAUUGCAUGGCUCUAUCCCAAAGGAAGUUACGUUUCUCAAGUCUCUUGUUGAACUGUCUUUGAUGCUGAAUGACCUUACUGGAUCAAUCCCUACUUCUAUUGGUAAUCUAACCAAUUUAACCUUUCUAUACUUACGAGACAACAAACUUUCAGGACAUAUUCCUUCAGGAAUUGGAAACUUGACAAAACUUGCCGAAUUAUCUCUUGAAACGAACCAGCUAUCAGGUACCUUUCCAGAAGAGAUUGGGAAACUCCGUUCUCUUACACUCCUCUCUCUGGCUGAUAACAAGCUUACGGGUUCCAUUCCAAAGUCUAUUGGAAACUUAGGUGACUUGAGUUUGUUGUAUCUCCACCAAAAUUUUCUUUCUGGACCUAUUCCCAAGGAGUUAGGAAAUUUGAAGUUAUUAACCGAUAUUCGUAUUUUCACAAACAAACUGGGUGGUGCCCUGCCAGAAGAUGCAUUUAGUAAUCUUACAUAUUUACAAUUCCUAGCACUAUCUGACAACUAUUUUACUGGCCAUUUGCCCCAAAACAUUUGCAGUGGCGGCUCACUUGUGAGGUUGUCAAUAUUUGACAAUAAUUUUGUGGGCACCAUGCCGAGAAGUUUGAAAAACUGUUCCAGUUUAGAAAAUUUGGCUGCCGGAGGAAAUCAACUAUCAGGAAAGUUUUCUGAAGAUUUUGGCGUUUAUCCAAAUGCGGAUUACAUUGACUUGAGCGAUAAUGAAUUUUAUGGUGAGUUGUCUUGGAAUUGGAGUGCCUUUCAGAAGUUGACGAGUUUGGUACUCUCCAACAAUAAUCUUUCUGGCGAAAUACCAACUGAGCUCGGAGAGGCAUCUCAUCUGCAAAGACUUCAUCUCUUCUCAAAUCGCUUACAUGGGAAGAUCCCACUAGGUUUGGGGAAGUUGUCUUUGUUGCUUGACCUUAAGCUGGACAGCAACAAGCUUUCGGGCAGUAUACCACCAGAAAUUGGUCGAAUGUCUAAACUUUUGAAUAUAAGCUUGUCAGCCAAUAAUCUUGUUGGUGCAAUCCCUGAACAAAUAGGCGAUUGCACCCAACUAUUGGAAUUAAAGUUCAGCCACAAUGCGCUAAACGGAAGUAUCCCUUCUCGAAUAGGAAAUCUUCACUCACUCGCAACUCUUGACCUCAGCCAAAACAUGUUGGAUUCCGAAUUGCCAAAAGAGCUGGGAGAGUUGAAAGCCAUUGAAAAGAUUAAUCUUUCCCACAAUAGGAUAUCAGGUUCCAUCCCCAGCAGCUUUGAUCAUUGCUUGAGUUUGAUUUCUAUUGACAUAUCUUAUAAUCAAUUAGAAGGUCCUAUCCCCAACACUACUGCAUUUCAAAAAGCUUCUUUUGAUGCCUUGAGAAACAAUAAAGGUUUAUGUGGCAGUGUUGUCGGAUUGAAGCCUUGCCCUCAAUCAACUGAAAAGAAAACCAGUAGGAGGAGGAGUAAAAGAAUUAUUUUUCUAACUGUCCUUCCAAUACUUGGAACAACGGUCCUUUUGAUUGUGGUUUUGGGCAUUUUCAUUCGUGCAAGGUCACAUACGCCACAUGUGGAGAGCAAGCCUCGGGAAUUAACCGGAAAUUUGUUCACUUUCUGGAGCUUUGAUGGGAAAAUGGUCUAUGAGAACAUCAUUGAUGCAACAGAAAAUUUCGACCCCAAGUAUUGCAUUGGAGCGGGUGGAUUUGGAAGAGUUUUUAGAGCGGAGUUGCCAAAUGGUCAAAUUGUUGCCGUCAAGAAACUUCAUGCAACAGAUGGUGAUGCUUUGAGAAGUCCAAAAGAUUUCACCAGCGAGAUCCGUGCACUAACAAAUAUAAGGCAUCGCAACAUUGUGAAGCUCUACGGAUUCUGUUCACAUACACAACACGCCUUCUUGGUGUAUGAAUUCUUGGAAGGGGGAAGCUUGAUGCAGUUAUUGAAUACUGAUGAAACAGCAGCCAAGUUUGAAUGGAUCAAGAGAACCAACAUGGUUAAUGAUAUUGCAAAUGCAUUGUCUUAUAUGCAUCAUGAUUGUGCACCUUCUAUAGUUCAUCGAGACAUAUCGAGCAAAAACAUUUUGUUGGAUUCCGAGUAUCAAGCUCACAUUUCUGAUUUUGGCGCUGCUAGACUACUGAAGCCUGAUUCAUCUAAUUGGACUUCAUUUGCAGGAACUUAUGGAUACGCUGCUCCAGAACUUGCUUUUACCAUGGAAGUGAACGAAAAGUGUGAUGUUUAUAGCUUUGGAGUCCUAGUUUUGGAAGUGAUUAUGGGGAAGCAUCCUGGUGAUCUCAUAAUGUCAGUGUUGUCAGCAUCAUCAUCAACCCAUGCUAUUCUACUGAAAGAAAUUUUGGAUUCUCGACCCCAAUCUUUGACUAAGCAAAUGGCAGCAAAUGUGGUGUCGUUGGCAAAACUAGCUUUGCUAUGUGUGGAUCCCAAUCCUCAGUUGAGGCCUACCAUGAAACAAGUUUCUGUCCAUCUGCUGAAAGAAAAGCCAUCUCUAGAAAGCUUGUUUCCUGUCAUCACAAUUGGAGAACUUAUGGCACUUGAUUCGUCUGAUUUCUGAACUUCACUUCUGCAUGCUACAGCAAUAUUAUGUUCCCAUCAAUCCAUCUGUUUUACAAAUUUCUAAUAUGUAAUUGCAGUCUUUUAAAAUUUCUGGAUUAUAUACUUGAAACUU